AUGCGUUCUCUCCAAUUAAUGGCCCUGCUGGGCCUCGCGGCUCUUCCCCAGGUAGCUCUGGGAUCGUGCCCGUAUGCCCAGCAGAUGGCCCGGGAUACCAGCAAUCUCCUAUCAAGUAAUCCGCAUGUGCACUCAGCACGCAGCAGCAACAGCGAUGCCAUUACAGCCCCGGCAGGCAAGAAGGGUGUGUUCUUGAUGAACCGGAUUGCCCCUGGUUCAUCGCAGCUCUACAUCGCCAACGCGGACGGCACCAACGAACGCCCUCUCCUUUCGAACCCCGUCUUCGAGUACCACGCUGAAUUCUCGCCUGAUGGCCAAUGGAUCAGUUUCACCAGCGAGCGCAAUGGGGAUGGUAACUCGGAUAUCUACCGCGUCCGCACCAACGGCUCUGACCUUCAGGAACUCGUCUCCACCCCGUCGAUCGAGGAUAGCGCCGUGCUGUCACCGAACGGCAAGCUCGCCGCAUACGUAUCCACCACGAACGGAUAUAAGGCGAACAUCUGGGUCCUGGAGAUCCAUUCUGGAAAGAAGUGGAAUGUCACCAACACGCCUUUGACCCCUGCUGCGAACGAAUCCCUGCCUAACGGAUACUUCCGUCCGUCGUGGUCGCCGGAUGGACAGUGGCUUGCGUUCUCGUCGGAUCGGAACUCGGGAUGGUAUGGGCAUGGGGAUCCUGUGUUCUUGGGUGUUUCGGGAUGGGAGCACACGCAGGAACUGUCUCUUUAUGCGGUGCGCCCCAAUGGGUCUGAUUUCAGACAGAUUGUCUCGAAGAAUGGGUACUCGUUGGGAUCCCCGAAGUGGUCGCAUGAUGGAUCGCGGAUUAUUUACUACGAGAUGACCCGUGAGACGACUUGGGAUGCACACCGGCCGGAAUCUGUGGGCUCUGCAAACUCGACGAUUGUGUCUGUUGACUUUGCGACGGGCAAGGAUCGCAGGGUCGAGGUUUCGGGGACUGGUGUGAAGAUUUUCCCGCAGUUCCUCGAUAACAAGAGUACCGUUGGGUACUUUUACAAGGGUGGUACCAAGGAGGGUCUCUAUAGCACUAACGGUCGGUACAUCAACACGACGGACAUCACCCUCCGCUCCCCAGCUUGGUCCCCCGACGGAAAGAAGAUGGUCUACGAAAAGACAGCCUGGAACGUCCGCCCGAUGGAGAAGAAGCUGUACUCUUGGGACGACAACUGGGAGUACCGCUUCACAGAUGUCUUCCCGCAACUCUCUAACCGGAACGUCCUUGCCUACACCGAAAAACAACUCGGCAAUUCCUCUGUCGUCUCCAGAAACCCAGACAACACCACCGCGCGCCUCGUCCUUGACGACAUGAACACCGACUUCAUCAGCGCCUCUGAAGUCUCCCAGGGUCUCGCAGGCGCCUUCCAACCCUCCUGGUCACCUGACGGUCGAUGGAUCACCGUGGGAGUGGGCUACUGGUUCCAAACGCGCGCCGAAAGCGGCGGGUGGCUCGUCCGCGCCCCAACGAACGGCUCCUCUAACUACGAGGUUCUCACCCAAUCUACCACCGAUCUAACUACUAACACCUCCGCCAUAAACUCCGGCUUCCCGUCUUUCUCGCACGACGGCAAGAAAAUCGUCUACCGCGUCUGGGGCGCAAACUCCACCUCUGGCGACCGCAACCAGCUCGGUCUGCGCCUCCUCGACCUCGAAACCCGCAAAAUCACCACCCUAACCACAGAAUGGGACAACCUCCCCUUCUUCUCCCCCGACGGCAGCCGCAUCGUCUUCACCCGCAAAACCAGUCCGACAAACUACGACGUGUGCACGAUGAACCCCGACGGAACGGACAUCAAAGUGUUGACGAGCAGCGGCGCGAACGAUGCACACGCGGUGUGGUCGCAUGAUGGGAAGAUCAUCUAUUCGACGGGGAUGUUCGGGUUCCAGUAUGAGUGCGCGCUGUACGAUCAGACGUUUCAGCCGUAUGGGCAGAUCAUGAUUAUGGAUGCGGAUGGGAGCAACAAAAGGGUGCUGACGGAUUCGAUUUGGGAGGAUAGUAUGCCGUUGUUUGUGCCGAAUAAGGAUCUAUAG